AUGGAAACCUCUCAAAUUGACGACAACAAAACUUUAAAUAACCUUAUCAAACCUAUUGAAGAAACGAUUGAUAUCACCACCUUGGCAUUGGAAAAUAUGCAAAUUAAAGAACAAGGUAGUGAUAUGCAUAUUGAAGAACAAGGAAACAAUAUUAAAGGAGAAAGCGUGUCUGAUUCAGAAAUUUACUUGAUUGUCUCUCGCCGUCAUGGUAGAAAAAGGCGCAUACCCUGGGAUGGCGGGCGAAGGAUUGGUUUGCAAAAAGUUUGUCUCCAUCAUUUUCAUAAAGAUUUAAAUCCGCAUAGAGGAUUAGGCAGUCAUGUAGAACAUGGAUUUGGACGUGGAAACCGUGGAAAACAUGGAUUCGGGCAUAAAAACUGCGGGAAACAUGGAUUUGGACAUGGACAUCGUGGAAAACAUGUUUUUGGAUUUGGACAUCGUAGAGAACAUGGUAUUGGACUUCGAGGUAAACACGACAUUCCGGAAAUUAUUAGAAUUAAAUGUGAUAAAAGAGCUUUGGAUGUGGCUAAGUUAGAUGAAACCGAUGAAGUGAGGAAAAAUCUAGAAAUUCGAAGGUUAAAGGGUCGUAACCGUCAUGUAAUCAAAAAUGCGCAUGGUCAUCGUGGUAGACUUUUACGUCGUCGAAGUUUACGCUUACGUUCGCUUAGUCCUCUUGGUUAUAACCCGCAUGGUAAGUGUGGAAUAACUAGUGGGAGAGAAAUUCGUCAUAAAGGAUUUCAUUUUCAUGUUCACGGUUCUUUUGGUAAGAAUGAGAGAGAAGAUUCAAAAAAAAAGACGGAUAAUGGAAUAAUUUCGAGCAUUGAAUGA